AUGACGACCCGCACCUUUCCCAUUCAUGUGGCUGCGGAUUCCUGUCCCAAGAGGGCAAGUAACGACAAGGCCAAAAGUGCCGUCCGCUUUGCUCCUCCCAGUGCCAACGUCGUGGUGGCACCCGACAAGCCCUAUUCAGCUUUAGAAAAGCGUUCGAUGUGGUACACAUUCAAGGAACUGCAAUCACGACACCGCAGCGACGUGGACGAAGUCAAACGAUUCCAAUCCGACACUUCCACGAAACAACGACACAGCCUCUUGCCACUGCACCAACAAGACAACGGCCCAGACAACAAGAACAACACGAUCAGUUGGCGAGGAUUGGAACACGUCGUGGCCGACGCAAACAACAACAAUUCGAGUGCACAUCACCACAAAUUGAAGCCCUCCCGCAGCGACCGCGUCAAGGAAACCGUCCGACAAAUUGUGCAGUACCACAAACAAGCCGUCGCCAAGGGACUUCCACUACUCAAUGAAGAACUGCGGCAGUUAUCCCAACACAAAACCAAGGCCGAUCGACAACGCGCCGAACGAUGGGCGCUCCAGGAUGCCAAUGAUAUUGGUAUCAAAAUGAGAACAUUGGCAUGCCAUCAUUCUACGACACUGCGGGCUGUGGGCAAGGUCAUGAGUCCGACGCGACAAAUGAAAAAAGUAUCGCACAAACUAGUCUCCAAAUUGCCCGUAUUGCCGUGGGGUCAAUAA